UCGCACAGACUUACGCUAUCAGGAUCAGCCAGGAUGAAGAGUGUUGCAGUUUUGGUGUGCUUGGCGCUGGCGGUAGGGGCGGCCCGAAGCGCGGUCAUCUCGCCCAAGGCCAGUCUGUCCCACAAGGACAAGCUGAGCCUCGAGCUGCCUGUAAAGCAGCGCUUGGGGGACAGAAAAAACAAGGCCAGUUUCCAGUCCACCUCAAGUUCUACGACCACCACGACCACGAGCACUACCACAGCCGCCCCUGAGCCACAAAGACCCACGGGACGACCCCAGUACGUCGACGCCGCGGUCUUCCGCCACCAGUUCACGGCUCUCCUCACGACCCCGCCCUCCUCCAAGGCGACCUCCGCCGUCGAGGAGUCGGGCCAGGACUACAGAGCUGCCGCUUUGGCGGCUGCGACCUUCAGCCCAGAGACGACCACCGCCACCACAACCACCACGACCACGGAAGAGCCCCCGUACGACUACGAGGCUCACUUCAGGAUAUGGGACGACCUCAGCUCCUUCGACGGCGAGGUGGGGGCCCUCGGGAGCGACGUGAGGAGCGAGGCGUACAUCGGAGGCUUUAGGCCGUUCGGCUUCUAGAGUCCGCUCGGCUUGGGCUUCGAGAAAAAGAAGGGGGGGGGGGCGCUCUGAAUCUCUGAACUCUUCGCUGUGUGACUGCAGACUGCUUGUAUAGAGCAGGUAGUAAACGUUGUAUGUAUAUAUUUAAAAGGGUGAGUACAUGCAAAUGGGAACUUUGGUAGUAAUCCAACACAGGGAGGGGGGAAUACAGUUGUAUAAAAACAAAUACAUUUAUCAAGGUGUUAUUUCAUGAAUAUUCAGACUGAUAUCAUCGGCAGGUUGAUAGAAAAAAACUUUUAUAAUUUUAUAAGGAAAUGUUGCAAUGUAGACUAUUUACAUAUUCAUUAAAUCGCACUGGAAAGAUAGAUAUUUAUAGUAUAUUUUUUAAAGUUGGUGGUUAGAUGGAGUAGUUUUAUAUGGUAAAUUGAUGACAAUAUAUAUCGAAAAUUAACGGAAUAGUCAUGCUUGAAGUAUCGAACGGAAAAUUCUGCAUUUAGAAUCUAGCAUGAAAAUAUACAACUUCUAUAUUAAUUCUGUAAACAAAGCGUAUGAAAAAUAUAUAUAUACACAUUAGGAAAACGAAUGUUAUCAAGAAUGGAAACAUAUUUUUGCAUUUAUUAUUAUUGCCAUAUAUAAUUACUUAUGAAUAGUUUUAUUUAUAUUUUUGCGUGAGAGGUCAAUAGUAUACGCUUAUACAUCUCUUCUCCUUUUAAUAUACAAUUAUGCCUUUGCCUUUAAUCGUGCAGAAAUUGAAGCUUCCGAGGAAAAAAAAAAGUGCAAUUAUCCAUGACGUUGUUACGGAAUUUCUAUAACAAAUAUCAAUAAAAAAGAUAAAGGAAAUACAAAGUAAA